CUCUACAAACCCAAGAUGUCGGCUCUUUUAGGCGAGCAGCAUUCUACAGAAUACCUAAACGAGUAUUGCGGCGGUGAGCUGAUCGCCACGGCGGUCUCGUUCAUCAUCCUGGAACUCGCCUUCGCGGCUGUCCGUUUCUGGGCCCAUAAGAGGCAGAGAAGAAACUGGGGCGUGGACGACUGGCUGAUGGUUCCCGCCCUUCUGGCCAAUCUGUGUGUCUGUAUCACAGGAAUUGCAGUGAUGAUCCCUGUCGCCGGUGUUGGACACCACAUAGACAAGAUCUUGAAGGAAGCGCCUUGGAAACUCAUUCAAUUCCAGAGAGGCAUUUUCGCUGGAAUAUGGGUAUGGGGCUUGGCGAUAGCUCUACCCAAGCUGGCAAUUCUCGCUUUCUACCUUCGCUUCUUCAAGUCCCGAAACGAGCGGAUCGUCACCUAUGUCCUCAUGGCCACUAUCGCAUCGACCUAUGUUGCCAUUUCUUUGGCCCACACGUUCGCAUGUAUGCCUGUGGGGUAUCAGCUGGACCCCUUCAAGCCGGGAAAAGGUCAGUGUUUUGAUACAAAAGCAUUCUAUCGUUGGAUGUCCUUCCCAAAUAUCAUCACGGACGUCGCCAUGUUGGUCCUGCCUCUUCCAAUGGUCCAUCGGUUGCAUACAUCACAUGCUCAGAAGAUUGGACUUGGGAUAAUAUUUGCCACUGGCGGAAUAGGCCUAAUUACCUCCUGUUGCCGGUUCGCAAUUUUUUACAGCGACGCUGAACGUAGGGACGAUACUUGGAAGGCGGCGUCUCUGCACAUGUGGACCGAGAUCGAGCCUGGGGUGUACUUCCUCGCUGCGUGCAUGCCAUCCUUUCCACCACUCAUCCAGCUUCUCAGAACUCGAUUU